UUUUAACUACGUCCCCCUAUGCAUGUCCUCAGGCACAGCAUGCACGUACAGAUGUAUGUUUUUGGGGUGGGUGGAGGCUUGUUAUCGCAAUGUCCUACAUACACACAAGUUCUUGCAAAACAUGUUUCCAUGUUAUUGUCGGUCCUUGAAAGACUAUGUCAUCCGGGCGUUGAACCCAAUCCAUUCACAUUAUCAUUGACUGACGUGCGGGGGGCCCCCUACGUGCAUUCCCUGCAGACCCACAUCCUCUAACCUGACCUAAAGUUCAAUAAACUUUACCAACAACAGAAAAAAAGGGUUGUCACUCAUCCCAUUCCCAAAGGCUUGCUUAUAUAAAAGGUAGCUGUGCAUGAGAUUGGGAGUAGUUUGCAUAGGUGCAGCCUGCUGGGAUAGUCACAGGACGUUGAGGAAGGGCGUUUAAGCUUGGGCUCUCCAAAGCCUCCUCCUGGUUUUUGCGCGUCUGUUCCGGACAGAGGGGGCGGUGUGGGGUGGCCACACGUCAUAUCAGCCGCCGCGCUCUGAUUGGCUGCCGAUUCUCACCCGACACAGCUGUGAUUGUUUUCUGCAGAGGAAGCUCUUGCCCCUGGUAUGAGCUGUGUGUGUGUGUGUGCCGAGGAAUGGAGCAGCACUGUAUGUGUGUGUGUGCAUGCAUGUGACGACGAUGUGAACAAACAACGUGAUUGCAGCUCUAAGCAGGAAAACAAGGAUUUUUCUUUAUUAUUAUUAUUAUUUUGAAGACGCGCGGAUGAACAGGAGUGUUGGUUUCUAUUUGGACCAGGCACUGAAGACGUCUGGAGAUCAAGCGCAAACGUGCCAAAUGCCCAGACUAGAAGACCACUGCUGGAGCUGCUCCUGUGCAUCAAGUGCUGAAACUAAGCAUUCAUCUGGAGCGAACUGGUUAGCAUCCAAAGCUGAAGAAAUGAUGUCCAUCAUCACCUCGGUGCUCAGCAAUGCAUACGGCUCUCUGCACGACGUCCGGACGGCCAACCUCAUCCGCAGGGGUCUCGUCCUCUUCACCGUCGGCGCGUCCCUCGCCCUGGUGCUCAACUUGCUGCAGAUACAAAGAAAUGUCACGCUGUUCCCCGAGGAGGUGAUGACAACUUUGUUUUCGUCCGCCUGGUGGAUCCCUCCAUGCUGCGGCACAGGAGCCGCUGUUGUCGGCCUGCUGUACCCCUGCCUCGACAGCCAUUUGGGAGAGCCGCACAAAUUCAAGCGGGAGUGGGCCAGCGUCAUGAGGUGCAUCGCGGUGUUCGUCGGUAUCAACCACGCCAGUGUUAAACUAAACAUCGACAACACCGUGCAGCUCUCCCUAACACUGGCCGCCCUGUCCUUGGGCCUGUGGUGGACAUUUGACCGGUCCAGGAGCGGCCUUGGUUUGGGCAUCACCACCGCCUUCCUAGCUACUGUGUUCACACAGCUGCUGGUCUACAAUGGAGUCUACCAGUAUACGUCUCCAGACUUCUUGUACGUACGCUCCUGGCUCCCGUGCAUAUUCUUCUCAGGUGGCGUUACCGUGGGGAACAUCGGACGGCAACUUGCAAUGGGCGGUGUCGAGAAACCCCACAUGGACUGAACGGCGGAAACCUUGAAAACCAGGAGAAGAAAACAUGGACAAGUUGUGUGGAGAACGAGAAGAAUAACAGGAGAAAAAGGACUCAUUGUUUUGACUUCAUCCUUUGUUCUCAUAACAGAGUGCGGGUCAAGGGAAGCCCCUCAUAACGUGUCAUGUCCUCUGCACCUCCUUGUGGCCAAACAACCGCUCCCUCCCACCUCUGUUGUACUCCGUGAGCAUUAAGGCUUCCUUCACACUAGACGGGAGGAUGGGGUUUGCCUUUUUUUUUCUCUUUUUGUUGUUGUUGUUUUUGAAGUGACAGAUUUUAUUUUUCACGCUGGAAGUAUGUAUCUUUCUGCAGUUGAUGGAGUGAAAGCGUGUGUGUGUGUGUGUGCGCGUGUUCUUUAGCGUGGAUGUAUCCAGAGGAAACGUGAAGGGGUGCUACGGUGUCUGUUUUUGUUUUUUUAAACCUGAAUUUAAUAUGAUGAUGAAAGGGAAAUGUUGCAUGAGUGUCUUCACUCUCGCAUAGCAAUGUAUUCAACUGCCUCGGCUGCAUCGCUGAGGCAAAAGGGGAGAUCCCAGUCGAACCAAAUUAAGUAUUUAUUUUUUACUUCCCCCAAACCAAAUGUAAUGUAUGUUCGAUAAUGAACGACACCUCCCAGUUUGAGAGAAAUAGUUUGCUGAGAGUCGCCUAUGGCCAUCAGCUCGUUAGCUUAGCUUAGCACAGAGACUGGAAGCGGGGGGAAACUGCUAGCCUGGCUUUGCCGAAGGUUACGGAAUCUGUUGUUGUUGGUUUAAUUUGAACUUUAAAAAGCUAAUCUGAAACCUAUCCACAGAUGAGCGUGGUAUGAGUCUUCUCACCUAAGUUGAUACAGCAGAGGAAUGAAGAGAGACAGGAAAUAUGUAAAGGAGUGCCAACUGCCAGUUCGCGCUGGCUGAUAUUCACUUGCGUAUAUAUGAUGACAUGUACUUCAAGUGUUCACACAUUUUGGGCGGAAACCGCAAAAGAUUUUGGUUCCUCAAUGGGAAUGAGUCGUAUUCACCUGUGAACAGUAUCGCAGUACCCGCACAAGCUUAACAUUUGACUUGCCGGAUAGCUACUCGGAGACUUUGUUUCGUCUCUUGUAAGUUUCAGACGGACAAACUAAAGAUUGUUUAAUCGGGAGGAGGGAGAAGACGUCAAAGCAAAGAAAUGCCAGCAUGCCACCUUCUUUUAGUUUGUUAUAUCAUCAGCAGAGUGACGAAGGCCGCCGCAGUGAGAAUGUACCAGGAGUAUACUACAACAACUUUCGCCAGCAUUUGUGGUUAAUGUCAAAACAGUUUGUAUAACACUUUCCAGUGAUGAUUCUUUUUUUUCUUCUCCCCCUUUGUGACCAGGUGUUAAAUGUCUUGGUAGAACAGACCUGUGAUUCCCACGGAGACGAACAUUUUUACUGUGCGACUGUACACGUUUUCCACUUCAAACUGUGUCCUUUUAAAACUUAGCGCUAGUAGUUUGGGAAUAUACGCCGGUUUGAAGGAGAGGGCAGGACAUUAUUAUUACUUAAGAUUUGCAAUCUGUGAUUGCCUGUGUAUUAUAGAAUGUAGUGCUUUUGUCACUAUAACAGUUUUUAGUUUUAUCAUUUGUACAAACAUAAUGACAUUAUUGCUUGUAUGUAUAAUGGCUUGCCUAUGUAAUCAGACAGGUAUUACCAUACUAGACCUACAGUAUGUUAGUUAGAGUUUGGGGGUCUAGAGGAUUAAGUGCAAUCAGAGUAUUCAUGAGCCGAUUAUUCUUCCUUAUUUAUUAUUUCUGACAAAGGCUUAAAAAAAAAAAAGAAAUAUAACUUGUAAGUAUAUGCAGUGUGGAUACUUCAAAAAAAAAAAGCAAUAACAUCUUUGUUUUUCUUACAUGCCUUUUAGAGUCAAUACCAAUGACUCUCACCAUAGAGAGAGACGACAUAAGAAAAUAUAUUGUGUCAAACAAAAAAAAAAA